AUGACAUUGAACAAAACCUAUAAUGAUAAUGAUAGAUCCCAUUCUACAAUUAAUAUAAAGGACACUUUUGAAUCUGAUUUACACAAGAACAAUAACAAUAUUAGCAACGAUAGUAGUAGAAAAACGAUAUAUGAAUUAAUCUACAAUGAAUUAAAAACCAAAAAUGACAACAACGGGGCUGAAAAUGGUGGUACUGGUGAUGGGAAAUGUACCAACGGUAGUAAUAAUUUUGAUAUAAAUAAUGAAACAAUCAAAAUGAUUGAAAGUUUAUGUGAAUUAUUCCCAAUGUUUACAAUUGAUGAAUUACGAGAUCAUCCAACGAAUGUUGAUCAUUCACAAGAUUUAGUGACGGAAUUAUUUGAUGAAGCUACAGCAUUAAUUCAAUCUGAAACGGAAAAGGRAAARRAAAGAAAAAGAUUUACUUCUGCAACAAUCAAAACAAUACAUUACAAAWKKUUGGAACACCAAUAUAUCUGG